AUGGCAUGCGGGGUUCGUUCAGAACUUGGUGUUGUUGUUUGCGGUGCCAGGGGUCCGAGGCCGAGAUAUCCUCGCGUGUGGAAAACUGAUAAGAGAAUCGGAACCGUGUCCAAGUCGCAGAAGCUUGUCAAAUGUAUUAAGGGUUUGUCUAAUGUAAAGGAGGAGGUUUAUGGUGCUCUUGAUUCAUUUGUUGCAUGGGAACUGGAGUUUCCCUUGAUAGCGGUAAAGAAAGCACUGAAGACGCUUGAAGAUGAGAAGGAAUGGAAAAGAAUAAUUCAGGUUAUCAAGUGGAUGUUCAAUAAAGGUCAAGGGAAGACCAUGGGAAGCUAUCAAACUUUAUUAAAUGCUUUAGUCGAGGAUGGACGAAUUGAGGAAGCAGAAGAGCUAUUUCAAAAGAUAUUCUCGAGAUACAUGGAGGGUUUGCCCCGUAUUUUUUUCAUGAAAAUAAUCUCCUUGUAUUACAGAUUGGGGUCAUACGAGAAGAUGUUUGAGAUUUUGCACCAUUUGGUCCUACUUGCAUGGAGGGGCAAUAGCUAUACUACUGUAGAACUAUCUGCAUACUUAGCUGACAUAGUUUUUGCUGAUAUGGAAGAGCUGGGUGUUCGACCUGAUACCUCGAUUGUCAGGAUGCUCGGUGAUGUAUUUAUGAAGCUAGAGAUGUUGGACAAAUACGAAAAGUUAAAUAGGAAAUAUCCACCGCCAAAAUUUGAAUACCGAUACAUCAAAGGCAAGCGCAUAAGGAUAAGGGUUUAUCCAGACGAUAGUACUGAAGAGGUAACACAGAGAGACUCUGGUAGAGAUGAACCGGAAGAUGCAGGAAGCAUGAAUCCUGACAAUGAAUUGAAAGAAGUGCCAGGAACAGGCCUGGACAUGAAUGUAUUAGGCGAUGCGGCUUCUGGAGACCUUGAAUUUGUAUAG